AGACAGACAGGAUGUUAGCUUUCUGGAUACUGGUAGCUUUAGUGGCAUUUUCAGCCGCACAGACUCCUUCAGGUUCCCGUACAAUAGUGGAAGCCUUAAAAACAUCUUACAACAGAGUAGAUACCAAUGGCGAUGGGAAACUAGUACCAUCUGAAUUUCAAGCUUCUUUGAACGUAGCUGACAAAGAUCAUAAUGGUAAAGUGAUAUUUAGAGAAUACAUUGGGUCAUCUACUACAGCUGAUAGAGAUUUGGCUGAGAAGAUUUUCAACCAUUUUGAUUUUGAUAAUGACGGCCAUCUUGACGAUGAUGAUUUGAAAGUUGCCUUCGCUCAAUUGGACGUUAAUAGAGAUGGUGGGGUAUCUUUGGCUGAAUAUUUAACCGAAGGAACCACUUUGUUAGCGAUAUUAUUGCCAUCAGUUGCUUCUACAGUUGCACCUACAGCUGCCGGAUAAAUUUUAUACCAUACAAUAAUAAUAAAUAUAUAACAUAA